CUAUCUUCACUGUUUUUUCCCAUUUUUUCACUCUACAAUGAAACUUCACAGUACCUUAGCUCUCAUUAGUACUCUCCUAUGGCUAACACUAACACUCAUUUCAACAACUGAGUCAACUCAGCCACCUUUCUCCUGUGACUCAUCUCUUCCUCUAACCAAAUCCUUAAAGUUCUGCCAAUCAGCUCUUCCCAUCAGUGUACGUGUAAAGGACCUUGUCUCUCGACUAACACUAGAUGAAAAGAUUUCCCAACUCGUUAACUCAGCUCCGGCGAUUCCAAGACUCGGUAUUCCGGCUUAUGAGUGGUGGUCGGAGUCUCUUCACGGCGUUGGAGCUGCCGGAAGAGGUAUUUUCUUCAAUGGGAGUAUUGUUGGAGCCACCAGCUUUCCUCAAGUUAUUCUCACUGCUUCUUCUUUUGAUGAAAACCUUUGGUAUCGCAUUGGCCAGGUUAUAGGAAGAGAGGCAAGGGGAGUGUAUAAUGCAGGGGAAGCAGUAGGGAUGACAUUUUGGGCACCAAAUAUAAAUAUAUUUAGGGACCCAAGAUGGGGAAGAGGACAAGAAACACCAGGGGAGGACCCAACUGUGACUGGUAAAUAUGCAAUAAGGUAUGUGAGAGGAGUACAAGGUGACAGUUUUGAAGGUGGAAAACUCAAGAAAGGUCAUCUUCAAGCUUCUGCUUGCUGUAAACAUUUCACUGCUUAUGACUUGGAUCAAUGGAAAACCUUGGAUCGCUUUAGUUUCAAUGCCAUUGUUACCCCUCAAGAUAUGGCAGAUACAUUUCAGCCCCCUUUCCAAGAUUGCAUACAAAAAGCACAAGCUAGUGGAAUAAUGUGCUCUUACAACAGUGUUAAUGGCAUUCCAAGUUGUGCUAAUUACAAUCUUUUGACAAAAACGGCUCGUCAACAAUGGGGUUUUCAUGGGUACAUCACAUCCGACUGUGAUGCAGUGCAAGUUAUGCAUGACAAUCACAAGUAUGCCAAAACACCAGAAGAUGCAGCUGCAUUUGCACUUAAAGCUGGCAUGGAUGUAAACUGUGGGGAUUACUUAAGGAAAUACACAAAAUCAGCAAUUAUGCAGAAAAAGGUUUCAGAAGCUCAUGUAGACAGGGCUCUUCACAAUCUUUUCUCUAUUAGAAUGAGGUUAGGACUAUUCAAUGGAAACCCAACAAAACAGCUCUUUGGAAACAUAAGUCCUAACCUAGUUUGUGCUCAACAACAUCAAGAACUAGCCCUUGAAGCUGCAAGAAGUGGCAUUGUCUUGCUCAAGAACACUGGCAAACUCCUUCCUCUUUCCAAGGCUAAAACCAAUUCCCUUGCUGUCAUUGGUCCUAAUGCCAACAGCGUGUACGUUCUUCGUGGGAACUACGACGGUCCUCCUUGCAAAUCUGUCGAGAUACUCAAGGCAUUGUCGGGUUAUGUGAAGACAGUGCAAUACCACCCGGGCUGCAAUGCAGUUAACUGCACGUCUGUUGCCAUUGAUCAAGCUGUCAACGCUGCAAAGAAUGUGGAUUACGUCGUUUUGGUCAUGGGGUUGGAUCAAGGUCAAGAAAGGGAACAAUUUGAUCGCGAUGACUUGGUGCUCCCGGGGCAGCAAGAAAAACUCAUUACUAGUGUUGCUAAAGCUGCAAAGAAGCCUGUUAUAUUGGUGCUCCUCUCUGGUGGUCCAGUAGAUGUUUCUUUCGCGAAAAUCAACCCCAAAAUAGGAAGCAUUUUGUGGGCUGGCUAUCCUGGUGAAGCUGGUGGACUUGCUUUAUCUGAAAUUAUAUUUGGUGAACAUAAUCCUGGAGGUAAAUUACCUAUUACUUGGUAUCCUCAAGAAUUUGUCAAAAUACCAAUGACAGACAUGAGGAUGAGACCUAAUCCAGCAACAGGAUACCCUGGUAGAACAUAUCGAUUUUACAAGGGUCCCAAAGUUUUCGAGUUUGGCUAUGGUCUUAGCUACACAACCUAUUCCUAUGAGUUCAGCGCUGUCACUCCUAAAACAGUCCAGUUAAAUCAACUAUCAAAUGCAAAGACAGUUCAAGUCUCGGAUUCAAUCCGUUACAUGUCUGUGGAUGAAAUAGGAAGAGACAACUGUGAGAAGGCAAAAUUCUCAGCUCAUGUUAGUGUCAAAAACUCGGGGGAAAUGGAUGGUAAGCAUCCGGUACUACUUUUUGUGAAGCAGGACGACAAAGUUCAAAAUGGAAGUCCUGUAAAACAGCUAGUUGGAUUUCAGAGUGUGAGCUUAAAGGCAGGAGAAAAUUCUCAACUUGUGUUUGAGAUCAGUCCUUGUGAACAUCUUAGCAGUGCUAAUGAGGAUGGAUUAAUGAUGAUAGAAGAAGGGUCUCGUUACCUUGUCAUUGGCGAUGCAGAACACCCCAUUAACAUCAUGAUCUGAAACCAGAUUUUCUUGGUUGCAAGAGUUAAUUCUUUUCUUUACCUGUCUUUUCUUUAGCUGAACAAAUAAAAAGUUGAAUUCAAGAAUCCUCUGUAAUAGACUUGGAGGAGUGGACAUGUUGCACCAACAGCUAAAAAUAGAGAUAUCAAUUAUUAUCAAGAUAAAUUUGAGCUAUUAGAAGGGAGCUUGGCGUAACUGGUAAAGUUGCUACCAUGUAACUAGAGGUCACGGGUUCGAGCCAGAAAAUAGUUUCUUGCAGAAAUGGGAAAGGCUGCGUACAAUAGACCCUUGUAGUCCGGCCCUUCCUCGGACCUCGCGCAUAGCGGAAGCUUAGUGCACCAGGCUGCCCUUUAUAAAUUUGAGCUAUUAAUCCCUCUUUGAUAUAUUGCAAGAUAUGUACUUAUUUUAUUCUCUACCUUUUUGAAGAAUCAGAAAGUUUAAGUACCAACCACAAGGAUUACCUGAUUUUAGUUUUA